UAAAUUUCAAAAUAUUAUUUCUUAAGUGUUACGAAUAUUACUCCAUUAUGAAUUCAGUAUUUAUUUUUGCUUUUUUUGCUCUAAUAUAUUCAACAACCGGACGGUUUGUGGUUUUGCCAAAUAAAGCUCAAGAUUCUACAAUCGAAGAACAUCCGUAUCAAGUAUCUUUGGGUCUGGUAAAUACUCACUAUUGCAGUGGUACAAUUUUAAGUCCAGAUGUAAUAUUAACAACCGGACAUUGUGCAGAUGGAUUUGCUGAGAUGAGCAACUAUUCGUUUGUUCGAGCGGGAUCCACAAUUAAAAAUCGUGGAGGUGUUAUACGUGGAAUUAAAGAAGUGAUUAUUCAUGAAAAAUAUGAUUAUAAUUUUACAUUGGAUCAUAAUGUGGCGUUAAUAUUGCUAAAUGAAUCUUUGGUUAUGACUCCCCAAAUUCAACCAAUUUCACUUCCUGAUGAAUCUGAAUACCUUAAGGAAAAUGAAUUGGCAGUAUUUGCUGGAUGGUGGACGACAAUUUUUAAUCCAACUCCUGUAAAUCGUACAAAAAUUUUACAACAAGUUGAAUAUUCAACAAUGAGUCAAGAAGAGUGUGAAAAAUCGUAUGCGGAUGAUAAACUUUUCAACACAAUUUCCUCAAGAAUGUUUUGUGUUACGAAAUUAAAUGCAAAAAGUGCUUGUAUUGGUGAUAGUGGUGGCCCCUUAGUUGUUAAUGGAAAAGUACAUGGUUUAGCUGUAGUUGGUUAUAAUUGUCGAAAUUCGAAACCGGGUAUUGCUACAAGAGUUACUGCUAUACGUGAAUGGAUUCGUUCGAAAGUUAAUUUGUAAAAUAAACAUUAGAAUUUUAAUAUA